AUGAGGCCGCAGAAGCUGUUCAAGAUCUAUCUCCGGUCCUGGCUGCUCGCCGAUUUCAUCGUAAUCUUGGUGGAUACAACCGUCAUUGUCCUGGCCACCUUGGAGGCCUCCACAAAUCCGCUUUACCGAUCAGGCCGUUUCGUGCGCGGCCUCCGCAUGGUUCGACUGAUACGGCUCCUGCGCGUCGCGAAGCUGGAGCGCGAGUUCAUGCUGGUUGCCAACUAUUUCCUCUCUGCUUACGGCAUGAUGGCCUUAAAGCUUGGUUCCUACCUGGCGCUGAUGCUCGCCGUCAACCACCUGAUCGCUUGUUUCUGGUACGGUGUUGGAGUUUGGUCCAAAGACACCCGGCUGCGGGACGGUAAUUGGCUGGAGCGGAGUGACAUUGACGAGUCAGACUUUGGCGCAUCCUACAUCGCGGCCAUGCACUGGAGCCUCACGCAGUUCACCCCAUCGACAAAUCCGAUUGCCCCGGCGAACACGUGGGAAAGGUUCUUUGCUAUCUGGGUGAUUCUCCUGGCGAUGGCAUGCUUCUCGUCCUUUAUCGGCUCGAUUGGUGCCAGUGUGAAUUCGAUGCGCAUGGCGAGGAGGGAGGAGCUGCUGCAGACCGCGAAGCUGGAAAGGUUCUUCAUGGAGCGGAAUCUCUCCGUCGACCUCUUCACGAAGGUGCAAUCUGCGGUGAAACAUGACGGCCUCAUCAAGAUGCGCCUGGAAGAGGAGGAAGUAGGCCUGAUCAAGAACAUUCCGGAGCGAUUCAAGAUGAUGCUCCACAGCGAGAUGUUUAGGCCAGCACUCUUCCGCAUCGGCAUUUGGCCUUCACGCCUGAACGACGAGGAUGGCGAGUUGAUGGCCAGCAUCUGCCACUCCUGCAUGUGCGAGCGCGCUUGCAAACUGGGGCAAGACGUCUUCUUCCCACGGACCAAAGGCGGCUUUGCCUACGUCGUGCAAUCUGGCACCCUCGAGUAUGACGUCAAAGGCUACGUCAGCGUCACCUGCCAGCCUGAAGCUGGAACUGAUGUGCUUUCCGUGCCAGCGCUUUGGGUCGAAUGGACCCACGUCGGCCGGCUAAGCGGCGCCGGCUUUGGCGCUUGCAACUACGUCUCGAUCGAUGCGGCCGAAUUCUGCUGGUUAGCCCUUCGCUGGGGUGGUCCCUUGUGCGAGUAUCUGAAGACGGUUGGCUUACUGAUCGUUCAAAAGAUCGAGGCCUUGAACGAGAAGGGCACCAGAGUCACCGACAUUUUCGAUGCGAAAGAGCUGAAGUUGCAAACGCUGAUCCCCCGGGCGGAGCAGUUCGUGAAUCUGAAGCACACGGCAAGCCGUCGUUUCACCGGGAGGGACCGCACCUUCCAGACUUGA